AGCAGUCAGUAUAGACAUCAUUGCAAUUUUAAAACUGCUCCUCCAGACGUAAAAAAUCUAAUACUACGUUUACAUAUUGAACACAAAAAAAAACAAUUUUUUAAACAAGUGUUUUGCACUAAUGAAAAUUAUCACCAGAUAUUGUUGGUUAAAAAUGAAAGUUUUUUUUGUGCUACUGUGCUGUUUCACAUUAAAUGUUGUGACAAGUACUAAUUUUCCUAUUCCAAGAACACCUACUCAAAGGACUCCUGAUAUAUGUACUACAGCAAAUCUACCAGAUAGAAGGAGACUUAAUGCUACAAACCAAUUCAUUCAAAUACAUAUUGAUAGACGAACCAUUAGGAACAAAAUAAUGCAAUUUGUUGUUCGUCAAGAUGAAGAUAUAAUGAAGAAAUUGACUUUUAUGUUUGCACUACCUGAAAAAGAAAUUAAUGGGAACUUUGAUUACCAGAAGGCAUUGGAGGAUGAACUGCAACAAGAAUUAAGCAGAAACUUAAGUUUUUAUUCAAGAUUUUCAAAAAGUGAGAAAGAGCUUGGAGAAGAUCGAAGAGAAAUGUUGAAACCAGUAUUAAAAUCGUUAAUUACUGAUAUAAGAGACAAACAUAGGACCAACAGAAUAGAUUUUACACACACAUGUCGAAUCGUAGGAUUGUUCUGGAGUAUGAGAUUUCCAGAUGAAUACACAACAAAUGCUGAUGUUGUAGGCGAAGUUUGUGUUAUACGUCAUAAAGAGCUCAUAAAAAUCUCAUGCGCAUUCUAUGAGGACGAUUUAUGUUUUGUCAACAACGAAAACCACGAUUUGACAGGGGGAAGCAUAAUCCCUUGUUUAAAUUAAAUAAUUUUUACUCUCCCACGUUUAUUUUAAUAAAUUAUACAUUUUUUCUGUUCAUAUUUUUAAAUGUUUUUGGAUGCCACACUUAUAUAAAAACUGUCAAAUAAUUUACUGUACUAUGUACUAAGAAGUUUUUGUUCGCUAUUAUAAAUAAUAUUAUUACUUUUAAUCAUAAUAUGUAUUGGCUUAA